AGGGAUAGAUGGCGUUCAUGCAAAUGUCAGAAUUGGCGAAGAUACCAAUACAUUUUUAUCAAUUUUUUUAUCAACGACCCAAAAUUUCUAGUCAACUGGUUUCAUUCAUACUUUUUUGAAUACCCAAGAGAGAGAACAGAAAACCAUGGGUAAUGAAAGUUCUCUACCCAUGGAGCUCUGCUCAAACUUCGAUGCUGAUGAAAUCAGACGUCUUGGAAAGAGAUUCCGCAAGCUUGAUUUAGAUAAUUCAGGGGCACUCAGUAUCGAUGAGUUUAUGUCACUGCCGGAACUCCAGCAGAAUCCGUUGGUACAACGUGUUAUUGACAUUUUCGAUGCUGACGGUAAUGGGGAAGUUGAUUUUAAAGAGUUUAUACAGGGGGUCUCCCAGUUCAGUGUGAAGGGAGACAAGCUGUCCAAGCUCAGGUUCGCCUUCCGCAUCUACGACAUGGACAACGACGGUUUCAUCUCCAACGGGGAACUGUUCCAGGUUCUGAAGAUGAUGGUUGGCAAUAACCUGAAGGACACCCAACUACAGCAAAUAGUCGACAAGACCAUCCUGUUUGCUGACAAAGACGAAGAUGGCAAAAUCUCCUUCGACGAGUUUUGCAAUGUCGUGGGCAACACAGAUGUCCACAAGAAGAUGGUAGUAGAUGUCUAAACUAGCCGUUAGGGCCAGGCCGGUGCCCCUUCAGGGCCCCGGCUCAUUAUUAUGACCACAUUAAUGUAGUGUCUGUAGUCUCAUGUAGAAGAAUUUGGUUCCAAAACUCACACUUAAAAUUAAUAUGCAGAUAGGUGUAAGUUAUUUAAUUUGCAUUAAAUGUUAGCGUCAUAUAUAUUUAAAGAUUAUUAAUAAUAAUAAUAAUAUUGUAGUCUUUAUUUGGAAAUUUUGGAGGUUAAGUGUAGCCAAGGCUACUUCACUCUACCCCCUAAUUAAGGUUAAGGCAUUCUCUAAAUUAAACGACAUCUGAUGAUACUUAAUGUUGCAUAUGCGAAGUCCGUGCAUAUGUUUUUGAAAAGUAGAUUUCUGAUUCGAAAAUUGAAAUGGAAAGUCAAUUAGUUUCAGAAAGUAUUUACUGUUAGGAAAUGACCACUUGGAAAUUAAGAACAUACAUUUUAAAUGUGACAUUUUAAGACAAAUAUCCAGUUUUAGGUGUUACUUAUUUCAUGGAAUUUUGCAAUUGAAUAUGACAUAUUAAGAUUAACCAUGUUAGUAUCGUAGAUUAUUGAUUAAAUAUACUAAUAUAUGUCAUUCACAAAUUUAAAGGCUUCGAAUGAACACUAUAUAACUAUCGUAUUCUCUAUAUUCUUCAUUAUAAGAGUUGAAGAAGUAAGCUUAAAUAGUGCGUGGAAUUUUGUUAAAAAAAAAUCAAAAACUGAACAAAAAAAAAUUACAUGCUAUCGUUAAUUAUACUGCAUGACUUUGUGCAAUUGUGCUUGUUUCUUGUUAUUGAAAAUAUUUUUUAAACCUAUAUAAGAUACACUAGUUGUACUUUAUACCUUAUCUUGUUGUUGUGUGUAUUGUAUUGAAUUUAUAGUCGGUGAAAUAAUGUUUUAGAGGUAAUCGAGCUUUCCAAAGUACUUAAGCCAUGAUGUGCUAAUUUUACAUGCUUAAUAUUUCAUGGCUUCCAGACAAGGUGGUUUAAGUGCACAACUGCUUUGUUUAUUAGCCAUGGCGCAAUUUGCGUCGGUAUCAUGUCCAAUCUUUGAGCCUGCUCGCUCAAAGUUUGAUUCCUGAUAUCCGAAAUUCACUGAUAGUUCUCCAUUCGGGGAAUAAACACUGAAUUUUUUAACGUACUAAAUGAUAUUUAACAUUACAAUUGGUGCAUGUAUGAUGAAUAUCUUAAUGGAAAGUUGUUAUCCCACAGUGUAAAAUAUGCUAAUCUGUUUGUGUUGUGUAUUAGCUAUAGUUGUUUCGUUGUUCAGUAAUUUAUGUUCAAUAAAAUUAUUUCACCUCUCA